UAUGUAUUAUUUCACUUUAUCUGAUAUUAUUGGUUCACUGAGUAUAACAGUAUAUAUGAUUAUUUGGAACUUCUGCAAUUAUCAGUACAUUCGUUAUAGUUUGUUUUAUUUUGAUACGUCUCAGGAAAUCCGUGUCACGUGAUCGCCCGGUCCACGCCAAGCUCGGGGUGUGGUCUUAUGUAGGGUAGGUCCACAGCCGGUUCAUGGUGAGCUGGCGUGUGGUGCAGUAAUCAGGCUGUGGCCUGCAGAAAUGUGAUUGUGGCUAAGACGUGGGACUUUUUCCUUGUCAACACUUGUACAAAAAAAAAACCUUUAAAACUGAGCUCAAAAUAAAAGCUUCAAGGGACUACGGACUUGGUGUUGAUUUCGAAGGGGCAACACUAACCAAUGUAAUCCUUUAAAACUUUGUAAAGAGUUUCGAUAUUAUAACUAUUAAAGUACACUUAGUGGAUAAAAAAGUUAUCUAUUCGAGUCUGGCAAAAUUGGGAGUGAUUUUACUUCAUCUAUGUGCCCAGCUGUUUGGGUCUCUUUUUUGUUCCGUCAGAAAAUAUUGUCCCCUGGAAACAACCUGUCCUUCCUUCCGCUGUUCACUUUGCAUUUUAUCUGUUUCUUUUGCCUCGUUGGAUUGGAGUUUUUGGCGUUGUGUUGUGGUUUUUGCGGUUUUGUUGUGGUUUUUGCUGUUGCGUUGAGGUUUUUGGCGUUAUGUUGUGGUUUUUGCAGUUUUGUUGUGGUUUUUGCUGUUGCAUUAUGGAUUUUGCGUUUCGGAGUUGAUCCCUAUGGGCCACCGUACAGAUGCUCGAUCCUAAAGAAAUCAACACAUCUGUACAAAAUGUGGCAAAAUUUACACGUUCCAUUUCUAUUCCAGAAAAUAAACAAAUAUCUCCACUAAACGAGCCGAACACAGGAGUUUACUAAACAUUAUUCAUGAUAAUGCAGAAAGGAAACAGUCGAAGCUGAUAUUGACGAGGAUUUUUGUGGGGACCCUGAACGCAGCUUCGAAGGUAAAAGUUUUGACUGUCAACAGGAGCGGCGCUCCGCCCCGCCGCUCCGCUCAGCGCCGCCCGGACUCGAGUCUCCUCGGGGCUGAAGCGGGGGGGAAAGGUGCGCUGAAUGUCGGAGAUGAGCAUAAAACAGAGGGCAGACAUGGAAACCAGCGCCGUGUCGGUGCUGGACAGACCCGCCGCGGAGCUCACGGUCAUGGACGUGUACGACAUCGCGGCGGCGCUCGGCCAGGAGUUCGAGCGGGUCAUCGACAGGUUUGGCUGCGAGGUUCUGGUCGGAGUGGUGCCCCGGGUGGUGCGGGUCCUGGAGCUCCUGGAGGCCCUGGUGAGCCGCGGGGCCGCGGGGAAGGAGGCCGAGGAGCUGCGGGGGGAGCUGGAAAGGUUGAGGCAGGAGAGGAGCGACAGAUACGAGCAGGAGAGGAAACACCAGAAGGAAUUGGAGCUGGUGGAGGAUGUGUGGAAAGGAGAAGUCCAGGACCUGCUGUCUCAGAUCACUCAGCUUCAGGCAGAGAACAAGAGGCUGCUGCUGAGUCUCUCUUUUAAAGAGUCGCCCGUCAUGGAGGAAGACCUGCAGAAACACGACGGAAUGUCGGAGAAAGAACGACAAAUGAUGAAGAAACUGAAAGACUUGGUGGACAAACAGAGAGAUGAAAUCCGAGCAAAAGACCACGAGCUCACUCUCAGAAACGAGGAUGUUGACGCGCUCCAGAUGCAGCAGCAUCGGCUCAUGAGGAUCAACCAGGACCUUCUCCACAGGACGGGCAUAAUGGAGGCUCAGGGCAAGACGCUGUACCAGCAGAGGGCGGAGCUGGAGGCUGCGGCACAGGCGCGGCAGCAGGAGAUCGGCGCUCUGCAGAUGGAGGUCACCCGGCUGAGAAAAGAGCUCCGGGAGUACGAACUGGAGAGAGAAGUCACUGAGAUCACCAAGUUUCCACUGUCAGGGUCUGGGAUCUUCUCACCUACACCUACAAUGAUCACAUUCACAGCAGAAGAAGCAACCUCGAACUCUUCCAAGCCAAAGUCAGUGUGGGCAGAGUGCGGAGGGGACACCGACUUCUUGGCAAAUUGCUUUCAAAGGGACGCGAGUGUUUCCCCUCUUCCAACCUCCAAAAACCUGGAGAGUAUCAAGGACGGAGAAGACAACGAGGAGGACAUGUCUGCAGUGUUUCUGACGAGAUCAAGUGAUGGAGAAUCGGAGGGGGAGACGGACGGCUCGGAGCAGGAGUCAGACAAACCUCGCUUCACCCUGCAGGAGCUGCGGGACGUCCUGCAGGAGAGAAACGAGCUCAAAGCUCAGGUGUUCAUGCUCCAGGAGGAGAUUGCUUAUUACAGAAGCGAGGACUUUGAGGAGAGCAUGUGCUCCAUUGUUCGGACUCCAUCACCUCCACUCUGCUCAGCCUCCGCUGAUCAGCCUGAAUCAGGAAUUAGACGAUUGAUCUUCACUGCCAUCAUGCCAAUGGUAGCAGCUGGUUUAAUCGUCGAUGAUCCAACGCUGCUGCCAAUACGACGACUGGUUUCCUUAGUGUGACCUCGACUUUCUCAAAGUUCUUCUUACUUGAAUGCUUUAUUUUUUUACUGCACAAUUUAAAUAUAUUUAUUGGAAAGGGCUCAGUUGCUUUUAAACUAAACAUGUCUUGCAUUUUGGUUGGAGCUUUAAUUAUAUGUUUUUGGUUUAUUUUUGCUUAUUUGCUAUGAGCUUUAAUCAUCUUAAUAUUUAAAACUCAUAACAAUGAGUCAGCCCUCAUCUCAUUGCUGAUUCAUGAGCCAUCACAGUUUUAUACCAAAUUCAGUCACCACCUGUAAGCGUCUUAUUUUAGAGAUAAUAAUGAAAACGUUUGUUCGUGAUGAUAUAAAGUGUCGGAAGUGUUUUCAGCUGGAACAAUACCCAUUAACUGGAUAGCUUGUAAUUGUGGCUUUUCAAUCUUUGUGGACUAAUCUGAUGGGAAAUCACUGGUAUGGAGCUUGAGUCUGAUUUCAGAGCAAUCAGUGUGUCAGCUGAUCAUGUGGCUCUGUUUUCCAUACAUUCAGAGGAUUUCAAAGUGUGAGGUGGGCCUCGGCAGGGGUCUCCAAACACUUUCACCAAGUUAUCAGCCGUCGAAGAGGAUCGUCCCAUGUGCAUGACAUUCGAUUAAACCAAAGUUCAUGCAUACGUCAGUUGUGAAUAACCUUUCUGUAUGCUACCAGAGUCACAAGCAAUUAUUUUAUAUCUACCUGCUCGGUUUAGUUCUUAUUUUGGGAAGAAAAAAAAAAUCUACAUUAGCUACAUUAGGAGACAAUUUGAAUUAUCCUGUAAAUUGCUGGGAAAAACAGAG